CUGCCUCCUCCUCCUCUCCUCCUCCUGCAAACCCCUCGUCAGCAAAUGCUGACAAACAGCCACCGCCUCCAUAGUCGCGACAAGGAUGGCGUUCGGCAGCUACAGCGACGGUGCGUGAUCAGGACCAGAACGGGCUCUGGUUGGGCGCGUGGCUCGGCCUCGACAGCUGCAUGUAGACCCCCAUCUUCCAAGUCAAUAGUCGGCCUACCCCGCAUGCGUUCCCCCGUGGCCUUCCUUUGCGCCUUGAGCGGCCCCAGAGUGCGGCCCCAGCUCCCCUGAGGAUGCAUGCCGACGUUGCAUCCCCGAAAGUGGAUAGCAGUUACGGUCAAGUAGGGCUUUUUAUUGCGUGAUAACCCGUUGGUCGGCCACAAAAAGGCCAUGGGAACGCUGCUCUCUUCCGGUCUCGGUGCUGUGCCGCUUGCUGCCUUUCAUCCUUGUUUCCCUCGACUGUCCACGAUAGAGCCUGGUAGAUUGUGGUUCGACGGGAGAGGAAAACGUGCGCAGAGAGGCCGAGUCACCAGGUGGCCCAGAAAGCAGCUCCGACAGCCUGUCAUGAAGGCGGAGGAAUCUCCCCAGGCAGCCGAGGCCGACCGAGCCUCAGCCAAAGAUGCGGCUCUCGACAAGACCGGUAACGAGCACGGGGAAUUUGACCCGGCCGUCGACAAGAGGCUGGACCGCAAAUUCGAUUUGCACAUUCUCCCAUUCUUGUUCGGCAUCUGGCUCUUCUCCUUCAUCGACCGCAGCAACAUCGGCAACGCCAAGAUCGAUGGCCUGGCCACGGACCUGGGCAUCGAGACGGGCACGGGCUUCAACGUCGCGCUGCUCGUCUUCUACGCGCCCUACAUCGCCGUCGACGUGCCCAGCAACUGGGUCAUCAAGCGCGUCCGGGCCGGCGUCUACCUGCCGGCCCUCAUCACCGCCUGGGGCGUCGUGUGCACCUGCACCGGCUUCGUCAAGACCUUCCCGGCCCUCGUCGCCUGCCGCGUCCUGCUCGGUCUGUUCGAGGGCGGCAUCCUCGGCGGCGUCAUCGUCUACCUGGCCAUGUUCUACCGCCGCCACCAGAUGGUGCUGCGCUGCGGCCUCUUCUACUCGGCCGCCCCGCUGUCGGGCGCCUUUGGUGGCCUGCUGGCCUCGGGGCUCGGCCGCAUCUCGUAUGGCGGCUACAACCGCUGGCCGUGGAUCUUUUUCAUUGAGGGCGCCAUGACGGUCGUCUUUGGCCUCCUCUGCUUCCUCUUCAUGCCAAACACGCCGGCCGAGUCGCGCUUCCUGACCGAGGAGGAGCGCGACCACGCGCUGCGCCGCAUGCGCAUGGACGCCAGCGGCUCCAGCACCGUCGACGUCGACGACGAGAAGUUCAACUGGCACUGGGUCCGGAUGGCCCUCCUGGCGCCCCAGACCUACCUGCUGUCGCUCCUGUGGUUCUUCCUGCUCGUGCCCCUCUACAGCUUCUCGCUGUUCCUCCCGUCCAUCAUCUCGGGCAUGGGCUACCAGGCCACGCACGCGCAGCUGCUCACCGCCCCGCCCAACGUCGCGGGCUUCGUGUCAGUCAUCGUCUGCUCGUACCUGUCCGACAGGGCAAAGGUCCGCGGCCCCUUCAUCGCGGCCGGAUCCCUGCUGGGCAUCUUUGGCUACGUCAUGCUUCUGGUCUCGGACAAGAACCCGGUCAAGUACGCCGGGACCUUUUUUAUCGGGCUGGGCGUCUUUCAGUGCUCCGCCCUCAUGAUGGGCUGGGCGUCCAACAACCUAGCGCCGCAUUAUGUGAGGGCCACGGGUGUGGGCGUCAUCAUCUCGCUGGCCAACUGCUCUGCCUUUAUCGGCACCUUUGUCUACCUCGCCCGGGACAUGCCCCACUACCGCCUUGGCCACUCGGUCAGCCUGGGCGCCCUCGUCCUCACCUUCAUACUCGCCAUCAUCACCAUGGGCUAUCUCCGCUGGGAGAACAAAAAGAGGGAGAAUGGGGACAGGAACGACCGGCUCCUGCAGCCUGACGCGCAUCGCCUGGGCCACCGGCACCCCAGCUUUAGGUACACUCUAUAAUGAGAGAGGUACGGGAGCCAUUCGCUCGGGUCGGGUAUUCCCUAUCCAUCCUCGAAUGGCUGAUGGGUAGCAGUUACAACUUCAAUAUGCUCUGUCUGCAAAUAUCUUGAGUAAAUCCACUGUGCUCUGUUGACAAGUUCUUGUAGAACAGCCUCUGCACCUUGUCAGAUCCUCC